GUUGACCUGCUCCAGAGGGAUGAUGAUGGCCAAUGCGACGCGGACUUCAUCGUGACUUGGUUCGAAGGCAUCGGCUACGUCGCCAGGUGGUACAGGAUCGAGGCGCGCCACUACGGUUCUUGCCCUCGGCGCGAGCGCUUGUAUUGGCUUGCUUGGAAGAACGGCUGUCGUCGCUUCGCCGACGAGGCCGACUCGCUCCUCCAGACAAUGGCCAACUCCUGCCGCGACGGCGACACCGUGACCCUCGAGCGCUAUCUCCUCCCCACGGAGCUCCGCACGUGCUACGCCAAGAGUCCGAGCGAGCCCAAGAAGGAGCACAAGUACAAGGACGACCAUUUGUUCUACUACGGGCUCAUCAACCAGGAUUGGCCGCCCUGCAGGGGCAUGUUCGGAGGCUCUCUCGACCACAUGGAGCAGCGGCCCUACGAGUGCGUCGUCUUCGCGUGCCUUGCGUUCCCCACGUUCGCCACCACCUCUGAUGACACCAAGGUCUUCGAGUAUAUCGACGUGAACGAGAGUUUGUCCCGUCUAGUAGGUCCGAAGGGUACUAAGAACCCGUGGUCGACCACAGUCCCGACUAUAUGUACCAAGGGCGUCUAUGUUAUGAGGUGGAAAGACGUGGACGUCCAGACGGAGCAGGAGGUCGCGCUAUAUCGCCAGUUGGACGGCAUGGAGAUGAUGCAGAUGAUUGGCUACGACCGCUCGUUCAUGAGGGCGCCUCCACAGAUUGGGGGUAGCGAGGCCAUCUUCCCCGACCACGGGACGACGACCAAACUGGCGGGGAACGCGUUCUCCGCCUUCGCGUGCGGGCCAGCCUCGAUCGGCCUCAUCAGAAAUCUGCGCAGGGAGGCCGCGCCUGGCGACAGGUCGGAUUGA